ACGAACGGCGCCAGCUCAAAAGCCAUUUAAACGUCACACGAAACGCAUACGGGACGAACGCGUAUUUCGGUCGCUCUUCAAAAACAAGUGCAAGUACCUUCAUCUGCUACUAUCAGUGCAACACGAUGUCGGAAGUGAAAACCUAUUCGCUGGCGGAGGUGAAAUCCCACAACACCAACAAAUCGACCUGGAUCGUAAUUCACAACGAUAUCUUCGACGUGACGGAGUUUCUGAACGAGCAUCCUGGCGGAGAAGAAGUGCUGCUAGAGCAGGCCGGUAAGGAAGCAACGGAAGCAUUCGAGGAUGUGGGCCACAGCAGCGAUGCCCGCGAGAUGAUGAAGAAGUUUAAAGUGGGCGAACUGAUCGAAUCCGAACGCAAACAGGUCCCGGUAAAGAAGGAACCGGAUUGGAAAUCGGAGCAGCAGGAUGAUAAUCAACUAAAGCAAUGGAUAGUGCCACUUAUCCUGGGUCUGCUCGCAACCAUCCUCUAUCGAUUCUACUUCACCCAGUAAGAGGGUGGCUACAUUUCCAAGUACAUAUUAAGUGGAUGAAAGUGUGAAUGAAUGAUGUGACACAAAAGGAGAGUGGGAGGAAAAAAAGAAACAGGAAAUACCAUCGCAUAAUGCCAGACUGGAAAUAAGGGAUUGUUCAUACGAAGAAGAAAACGUACGCAGGGCUACUUCUAAUAAUGUUGCGGUACAGUUAUAAGGUCGAUGUGUUGAUAGCAAAAGCAAGGCAAGAAAUCAUGCACACACACAGCUCUUAUGAUAGUUUCUGCGGGAGAUAAAACAAAAAACCUUUCGGGAACAUCCCUCCAGCGAGGAUCAUCAAACUACAGAGUAGCAUUUCAGAGGAAGGAACCAACAAAAAGAAAACAAACCUCGGUAAAAAUCUAAACAAAAAGGCCAAGCAUAUUUAGAAGCGUAAUUAAUUUCACUAUAAACUUACUAUCAAAACUAUUCAAUCUGUGAGCCAAUUUUGAACGAAAAAAAAAAAAACAAAACCAUCCACAACCGAUCGAGCGAUGAUCGUGUGGUGAUUAUGAAUCAGCAUAUUAGAGCUUCGCUAUCGAAAGAAAAAGCCGACCUCGUUACGAUCGGUGGAUAAUGUACCUCUUUUUUUUCUAUGAAAAGUAGGAUACCAAAGUUUCAUCGACUGCCUUACAUACAAAGAGAGGAGGCGAAGCGAGGCGAACGGGGGAACCAGAUAAAGGAUAAAGCAAGAAGAUUGUUUUUAUUUUAUUACUUAUACAGAUGCGAAUGCACGUUUUUUGUUUUUUCGAUGGCGGAAGCGACCGGGACUAGCGAAUUGGCAUGUGUUGUUUCAUCGUACAUUUUGCUCUUCAGCUACGUUGUAUUGUUCCAAACAUUAUCUAUGCUAGGUUAUUAAAUGUUAUACUGUUAAAAUGUAACGUUUUUGGGCGGGGUGAGUGUGUAUGGUCCACGUUCACGAUCACUAAUAUCGCAAGCAUUCGAUUUGUUUUAUUGUUUCAACUAUAUGGGAAAGGUUUAAUGCUGUGUUUUUUUUUAUUUUAACGAUGAACGCUUUUUUUUACAAAUCUUUUCUAUGUGUCUAGCAAAAUGGGGCGAACGUAAUGAAAUAAAAUGAAAAUUUAUACAUA